UGUGAUCUACGGUGACGCUGUGUCACAGAGCCAACGCAUUCUCCUCCUUUAACCUCUCGUUGUCUUCCUCCUCCUCUCCAGCCUCGGGAACUACGCCUCUCUCCAUGGACGAAUGUACUGCAAGCCACACUUCACGCAACUGUUCAAAUCCAAAGGAAAUUACGACGAGGGAUUUGGACAGAAACCACACAAAGAACUCUGGAAUAAUAAGCACCAGGACCAUCCAGCUGAAAAGAACAAGGUCAAGUCGCCGUCGCCUGAAAAGAAAGUCACCGAGUCCAGAAUCCCCGCUGCCCAGAGCACAUUAGUCGCUCCGGAGGACGACAGGAGGAAACCAGAAGAUGAAAGCAAAAAGCUCGCCACGAAGAUUUCUGUCGUAUGGCCUCCACAAUCAGAUUCUCCGAAGAAAUCCUUCGCUAUGGAGGAGGAGUUGAAGUUGGUUAAACCAUCGUGGCCCCCGAAGGAGGGCUUGGCUCAGGAAAAUGAACAUCUAAAUCACCCCUCAAAGUCGUCAUUAGAGGAGACCGAUAGCCCCGCGGCGAAAGCACAGCAUGGACCUGAGGAAAAGGACGAGAUGCGAGAGAGAGCAGAGGAUGUGAAAAAGACGGAGAAGACUCCGGCUCAGUCGAGGGCUCCGGGGGUCACUCGGGACGAGGCGAGUGUUACUCACGCUCGAGAAACUAGAGAAUCAAACAGUGGCUCCCAAGUGGCUUCUGAAAUGGACUCUGAAGUAGGAGGAGUUGUGGAAGGCAAGAAAGUACCGCGGGGGAACGGCGAGGACGGCGCUGAAAGGAUGGAGGAAGUGAGAGUGAAAGGACACGAUGGGCAGACGGAACGUGCAGCGGGUGAGAAGGAAAGCCGAGGGGAGAGAGAUAAAGAGAACGCUGACAGCAUGGACAAUGGGGAGGCGGGAAAGGUCACCUCGAUAGACGAAGAGGAGGAGGCGGCGGGACGGGCGCUGAAUGCAAACUCCAACAAUAACAACAACCACGGCCAGACGGCGCCGGAUCGCGACUUCGUGUCUCGAGGGCCGAGCGAGGUCGGGGAAAAGAAGGGAAGUCUGGCAGCGGAUCGCGGCGAGGAGGACGGCGCCUUCGCGCUCGAGGCGGCGGCGGGGGGUGCCGAAUGUGCCGAAGCCACGGACAUUUUCGCCGGCCUGAGCACCGGCGGCUCCGGCCCGCUGUCCGAUUUCAGAGCGCCGGACGGCCUUUUUUCGGACUUCGCGACUGAGGCGAGGGACGGAGCGAGCUGGGAUGAGGAUGAAGAGGAAGAGGAGGCCCUGACCGUCGAGGAGCAGAUCAAGAGGAACAGAUACUACGACAGCGACGACUCUUGAGCUCAUUUGACCUCACGUCCAUGGAGAGAUGACCUGCCCCCUUUGAAUCUGGCGGUUUUUGGUACUGCGUUUAAAGACGACGCUUCAAUAUCCAGCCGCGUGUGAUGGAAUGCACCUGGUGUGCAGAGAGCGUCUGUUUCUCCUCGUAUGUUUCUUAGUACGCAUAUCUAUAUUUUUGAUCGCCGACUGAUCCAAACAAAGGCUAUAUUUUCAAAUCACUGCAUUUAUUAAAAACUGUGUUUCUUCCUCUGAAUGAAUGUGCGCCAGAUUUCUUUUUGUGUCUAAAUAAAGAGGUUUCCCCCCC